CAACAUCCGAGCAGUCAAAAGGCAAGGCAGUCAGCUAGCGAAAAUAAAUAACUCGCAAAUCAUUUUUGUCCCGUGUCGUAAAUCUUGAUCACCAAAGCGUAAAACGGUAAAAACCCAGUACCAGUGCAACGACUCAUCCAUCUAAACAAAUGGUAAGCCCUCUCAUCCGUUAAAUUCGACCGAAUAACCUCGCGAAACGCAAAGCAAAAAUUCCGUCAGCUUUCUCGACAAAGAAAGCUACCACCGAAAAAAGAGACAAAAUAAUCAGGAAGCUGCUGCUGCUGCUAUGUGCUGGAGGAGGUAAUCCGCCCCUCCGCUGUGAUGAUGUGCAAUGUGUAGAGGAUUUUCAAGGCCACUCGUUUCUGGGGUGACUAGCAGACAAAAUUCCCACCGACGGCACUAAUUGAACAUUAUGGUUGGUAUGAGUAAUUUUACUAUUGAUCCUGCCCUGCUGGGUGUAGGAAAUAGCAGCAGCAAGAGACACGAAAUAGAACGGAAAGCACUGGCCGAUGAGCUGCUGACGGUGGUGAAAGAGUGUCAGAAAAAGUAUGGCAGUAAAACGGAGCUGGCGACCGAGAGUGAUUCAAGAAUUAUACUGCUUUGCGAUACUUGGGAGCGAGCGUUGUCACACGGAUUAAAGUCUAACAGCUCGGUUUUUAAAAACAUGACUGAUUUGGUGGCCAGCGGGAGUCUGGAAGUACCAAACUUUUGGGAUUUUGCUUUUAAACAUUUGACCAAUCAUGAGAAGGAACGAUUUUCCACCUUACGGCACGUUUGGACGAACGGGGGCAAAGCUAAGGCGCUAUUGCGAGCUAUCUUGAAUGAGCGAGCGAUGGAAAGGUACAUACUGAUUUGGCUGGGAGACGAAACGAUUCUUGAGGAAAGCUACGAAACGUGGGCGCUGAUAAGGGACGCGGAAAUUGCAAGUCUGCUGCCGAAUAUGGCUGCUGGUUUAAGUACGAUUCUCUUUGCCAUUGCGAUUGAUGCACCGGAGUUAAAUGCGGCUAACAAAAUAAAACCGGAAAAGCCGGAACCGAUUAUAGCGACUCAACGUCCGGUGAAUCCUACACGCAAGGUUAACGUUGUCCAGCGGGAGAUUUUGGACGAAAAUUUGCUGCAGCCGAUUUUAAGCGUUGCAACAUCUCAUGGUUCGAUUCAAAGUCAGCGGCGGUCUGCCAACAUUGAUAUUAUCAAGGAGUAUACUCACGUGGAAAAUGUUCAGCGACCUGCACAGGACUCGUACUCCGUCGAGGAUGCAUUGAACAGUCUCUCUAUCGCCCAAGAAAUCAGACAACAAUCGACUCCCGUUAAGAAUAGUGGAUCUUCGGCCACCAGCCCGGAUAAUGCGCUGGAAGCUUCCGAAGAUAGCAUCAUGGGGAAUAUAUCCCUGGAUCUGUCCAACGCGACGACAGUGGCUUCCAACGCUUCGAGUACGUCCUGUUCGGAAUCUUCAGCGAACGAAACACUCGAUGCGCUGGACUCGGAAAACUAUUCGAAGAUGGUGGAGAAACUGCAGCGAAGACUGGCCGAUUCCGACGAACGUUGUCAGAUGUUGGAGGCUCGUGUUGCGGAAUUGAGCUUAGAAAACCAUCGGCUUCGAAUGCUAACCCGUCCGAAUCGGCUCUCGCUGAUGCACUUCCAGAUCUCGAUCCCUAAGGCAAUUCUUCGGACGCCGGUAAGUGCCCGGCGGCGCGAGCACUAUUGCUACGAAAUCCGGAUAGCGCCGGGAUCGGACAGAGGCAGUAACGAGUCGUGGUCCGUUUUUCGUCGGUAUAGUGACUUUUAUCGGCUCCACAAACGGCUCCAGCGGGAGCAUCCCAGUGUCAAGUCGCUUGAUUUCCCACCAAAGAAGAAAAUUGGCAACAUGAAUCCACAAUUUGUGGAACAGCGCCGUCAACGGUUGCAGGUUUAUCUGAACAGUCUGUUCAUAGCCGUUCUGCCGGAGGUCUCAGCCUGCAGCACCCGCUCCCAGCUGGAACAGGUGUUUCCAUUUCUGCGCGAUGCGGUUCUGUAGGAAAGGGUUUCAAAUGAAACAUAAUUUCAAAUAUCAUGAACGAAACAAACCGAACGUCAUGCCUGUGCAUUGGGUGUGAUUAAUUUUAAACGUAAUCUGAAGACGAAAGUUUAAUAAACAGCAUGUACUAUAGUAAUCUCGUUUCAUCGUUCGGUACAGAUUCUCUUUCAACAGCUUCAUGAUAACGGUUCCAAGGGAGCCUGUGUCUUUUGUGUUGAAUGUUAUAUUGUUAGCGAACAGCAUGUUUUAUAGGUAAUAGAGUACUAAAAGACGUCACGGUUCGAGUAUUAAACACGACAUUUAACCGAA